UAGAGGCGCUUGUGAUAGGAAUAGAAUUUUUUUUUUUAAUUUCAUGCACAAAUAACAUUAAAAAAUGAAUUUAAACUUUAACAUUAUUUAAAUUUUUCUCAGCUGAGAGCAAACGAUUUUGAUUGGCUCUCAGGCUGAUGACGUCACGGGCAUAAAUGAAAUAUUGUCUGCUGUGUAUUUACACAUGUGAUCAUUUUAUAUUAUGCAAUAAUUGUUUAAAAAAUCCGUCGAUUUCAAGUUAAAAUGGUAAAUAAAUUAGAUCCCGGAUUUGAGAAAGCCGAUACUACGAAUUUACCGAAAUUAAGUGUAUUUAUGGUUUAUGAGUAUAUUACAAAUAAUGAGCGGUAUAAUGCUCCCGAGGUUCGUGGAGUCAAAGCAACAUUAUCUUCAAGAGAAAAUUACGGCGACUCGGCAAUAGGUUAUGUUUGUGUAAAACGUCAAGGGAAAAUAUGUACAUUGAAAGGCAGAAUUUGUCCUGAACACAGAGUAAGAAAUAAAAAUUACACUGUAACGUUAAAAAUAGAUGAAGAGAAAGAAAUAGUAGAUAAAGUGGAAUGUCUUGAUUGUGCUGCAUCAUUGGGUGGAUGUAAACAUGGGAUUGCUUUUUUAAUGUGGGCAAACAGAAAAUACGAAUCGCCAUCUCCAACUGAUGUGGAAUGCUACUGGAGAAAAUCAGCCUUAUCGAAAGUCGGAGAUUCACAAAAAUUUAUUUUGGCUAGUGAAUUAAAAAAAAAGUCUAAUGAUUCAGUUGAAGAUUUCGGUGAUAAUUCAACGUUCUUAAACCAAGUACUUCAACAAGCUGCUGCCAAACAAUUAGAUAGCCAGCUGUCAAGACAUUCAUUUGAUUUAGAAGAGAGAAAAGUUCAUAUAUUGUCAAUACAUCAACUUAUAUUUAAUUUCAUUCAAUCCGAGGAAGAAACUUCAAUAGAUAAUUUUCUGAAGCAUUCCAAACAAUAUUUUUCUCAAGAUUUAUGUUCUCAAGCUGAACAACAGACUAGAAAUCAAGCAAAUGAUAUUUUGUGGCAUGAACUCAGAUUUGGAAGGGUAACUGCGUCUAAUAUUUUUGAGGCUAGUAGAUGUAAAACACCAGAAGGUAGUUUAGUCAAUCGAAUUAUAGGAGCAGCGAAAGUUUAUAACAGUGUUGAAAUGGAACGAGGGAAAAAAUUGGAAGAAAAAGUUAUAACUGAGGUUGAAAAACAAUUAAAACUUUCAAUAAAUAAAUGUGGUAUGUUUUUAGUUCCAUCUUUACCUAUGGUAGCAGCUUCACCAGACGGCAUAAAUUCAGAAUUUGUCGUAGAGGUUAAGUGUCCAAGCUCCGAGAAGACAAUAGAGAAUUAUUUAAAAAAUGGUCAGCUUAGUCAAAAAUGUAAAGCUCAAAUUAAUUUACAAAUGUUGGCUGCUGAGAAGAAAAAAGGACUUUUCUGUGUCGCAGAUCCGAAGUUUGAGAAUAAUAAAAAUUUCCAAUUCGUAUGGGUUAAAUAUGAUGAAAAUUUCACAAAUAAAAUAAUAAAAAAUUCUGUGGACUUCUGGAAGCAAAAUAUUUUUCCUGCUUUAUUGAACUCUUUUGGCAACUGAUUUUUGAGAUCAUUAAUAAAUAAAUAUUUUACUAUA